CGUUCAGGCUACACGAGAAGCGGAUUAAUUUGCAGAGAUAUCAAUGAAUGUUCAAGUUCAAGGAGUAACAACUGCCACAGUAACGCUCGCUGCACCAAUACUGCGGGAAGCUACACUUGCAGGUGUAAUACUGGCUACACUGGCAGCGGCAGGUCUUGCUCAGAUAUCAAUGAAUGUUCAAGUUCAAGGAGUAACAACUGCCACAGUAACGCUCGCUGCACCAAUACUGCUGGAAGUUACACUUGCAGGUGUAAUACUGGCUACAGUGGCAAUGGCGUCUCUUGCUCAGAUAUCAAUGAAUGUUCAAGUUCAAGGAGUAACAACUGCCACAGUAACGCUCGCUGCACCAAUACUGCGGGAAGUUACACUUGCAGAUGUAAUACUGGGUACACUGGCAACGGCGUCUCUUGCUCAGAUAUCAAUGAAUGCACCUCUAGACGCCACAGGUGCUCCUCCAACGCUUACUGCAUCAAUACCAUAGGAAGUUACAGAUGUUCGUGCAACUCCGGGUAUGCUGGGAACGGAUUCACGU